UACAGCUUGAAACAGAAGGAGCAACAUAUUUCAGUUAGUUUAAAUCUUAACCUGUCAGAUAUGGAGAAAAGAAAUGCCUGUCUUUGCAAAAGACUCUCGUUCAUUAUUCAACAUAUUCUUCUUUUGCCUCAUUUAACUACUGCAGAUGGUAUGGGCGACCUUAUUAUCAAACAACUGCCCAAAUCAAUCAAUGUUUCGGAGGGAGAUACUGUCACACUGACAUGUUUAUGGACCGUUAACCAGAGUGAGAGUGUUAGAGUGGACUGGUUACUGGAUGGUAAUACAAUUUUUACGAAACCUGCCAAGGCUGAAUAUAAAUAUGAUAGAAGGAAGUUUGUUAUCGAAGAAAACAACUCAACACUGACCAUUUCUAAUACUGUUGGAAACGACUCAGGAUUUUACCACUGUAAAGUGAUUGUGGAGAUACCAGCACCAAUCCGUCAAGCUGUUGGAGAAGGGACAUUGCUAGGAGUCUUUGCAUCACAGGUUAAGAACUAUCUGAUUAUUUGGCUUCUGGCAUCAAUCAGCCCCACAAUACUGAUGGUGAUUGUAGUUGCAUACUGCUGCUUCAGAAGGAUCAAAAACAGAAGACAGAAUGAAAAUAUACCUAAUUUAAGAAAGAGCACUGCAUUAUACGUAAAUACCACGGAACUAAGCUGUUCUCGUCAAAAUAUAGAGGCUAAAUCAGUUAACAUCUACAAAAAUGUUUCAAAUGUACAGCAGACAAAACAUCGAUCAACAAACAAGCUCAUAGAAGAGAAAUUCUCAAAUGAAUUAUAUCAGAAUAUAAAGACUCAAUAAUAUAUGCAGAUGUAAAUAACCAUAAUUUACAGAUGUGAUUCAGUGAUGAGUGUGAUGUAUUUUCUAAUCUGAUUAUAUCGUGGCUAGAUGGCACAAAAGCACAGACACGCGUGGCACUUCUGGCCCACACCACAUGGCACUGGCCCGAGCAUAGUGGCAUCUUCCCCAACCCGAGAAAACAAACUUUACACCAACCCAGGAACAGUGGCCCAGCCCCCAACCCUGGAGCAGUGGGCCCCUGAGAGCUACUGGUAAUAUUCUCGCUUGGGCUGAUAAGUGGCAAGUGACAUCUGUGGCACAGAAGUACCAGCCAUGACUAUCUCUAUCAAGAAUGAAUCUGCACUUGCUGUUGACACUCAACAGCGUAACCAUCACAAAGCUCCUAUCUUUCAGCAUCCUAGGGCUUGCAAACAGUCAGAACCUAAAUGCAACAGUCAUAUAAAUACCACUGCUACAGGAACAAGUCAGAGGCUGAGAGUUCUGUAGUAAAUAACUUACCUACAGACUUUCCAUGAAAUGUUCUCUAUUUGAUUCGAUGAAAGCAGCUCUUACGCUGAAGAAACUCAAUACCCAGGAUGGAACUGCCCAUCUGAUGGUCACCCCAUCCACCAGCUUGAACAUUCAAUCCUUCCAGAACCAGUGUGUCAUAUCCACAGAAUGUUCCAUGUACAAGAUGCACCAUGGGAACUUAACAACAUUUGUUUGACAGCUUCACCCAAGCCUACAACCUUUUUUGUCUAGAAAACCGAAAGGCAGCAGGUACCAGGGAAGGCAGCAGGCACUGUUUUCGGUGGGUGAUAGCUCUCUUCUCAACAGUACUGUGGGAAUAAUUUCACCACAUGGACUGAAGCAGUUCAAGACCUUAAGCCAUGGAACACCAAGGAUAGGAAAUGCUGCUCUUCCCAGUAAUGGUCAAAAUCCACGAACAUAUCAAAAAAAACGGCACUCAACUUAAACAGACAAAGCUAAGAAAUCCUGAUAUCUUGUUAAGUGUGUCAUUCAGGAGAGACAAGCGUAGGUUCACUAGAAGAGGGAAAACAGAUUGCUGCUGAUGGUGAGCAUUGUUUCGGUAUUUAAGCAGCUGGAAAAUUAGUAGCAGGUUUUAUAU